GUGUAGCUCUUUUUUAAAGGGAGGGUGUCACUGUCAGACCUGCUCUUCUCUAGCCGGUGGGGACAGGAAGCAGACUUUGUUCCUAACUCUCCCUGUUUGACACCAACUUGCGUUAGGGACAACAGUAAACCUCUUAAGUGCAUUUUUUUCUUCUUCUACCCCACAUCAACAGUUAAGGCUCUGAGAAGAGGCAUUCUUGCGACCACCAGGUGACGAUAGCCAUGAAGUGGGGCUGGGUUUUUUUGGGGGUCUUCCUCUCUUUGGGAACCCUGUCCUGGGGGGAGAAGGGCUUGGAGAUCCCAGAGUAUGACGGCAAAGACCGCGUCCAUGCCCUCAACGCCAAGAACUACAAGUCUGUCAUGAAGAAGUAUGACGUGAUGGUGAUCUACUACCACAAAAAUGUGGACGGGAACCGCAAUGCCAUGAAGCAGUUUCAGAUAGAGGAGCUGGCUUUGGAGCUUGCAGCCCAAGUCCUGGACGAUCUUGAUGAUGAGGACAUUGGAUUCGGCCUGGUGGAUGAAAAGAAGGAUUCUGCUGUUGCCAAGAAGUUGGGUCUGGAUGAGGUGGAGAGCAUCUACAUCUUUGCCGACAACGAGAUAAUUGAGUAUGAUGGAGAGCUGGCCGCUGACACGCUGGUUGAGUUCCUCUAUGAUGUGAUUGAAGAGCCAGUGGAGAUCAUUGACAACGAGCGCGAGCUGAAGGGCUUCCACAACAUCGAUGAGGACAUCAAGCUGGUCGGCUAUUUCAAGAGCGAGACAUCUCCCCACUUCAUUGAGUAUGACGAUGCUGCUGAGGAGUUCCACCCCUUCAUCAAAUUCUAUGCCACAUUCGACCCCAAGAUCGCCAAGAAGCUGAAGCUGAAGAUGAAUGCAGUGGAUUUCUAUGAGCCAUUCAUGGAGGAACCCGUCACCAUCCCAGGAAAGCCCUACGUUGAGUCUGAGCUUGUCGAAUACAUCGAAGAGCACGACAGGCCCACUCUGAGGAAGCUCAAGCCUCACAGCAUGUAUGAGAUCUGGGAGGAUGACAUUGAUGGAGAGCACAUUGUGGCCUUUGCUGAGGAAGAUGACCCAGACGGUUUUGAAUUCCUGGAAAUCCUGAAGGAGGUGGCCCGCGAGAACACUAAUAACCCCAACCUCAGCAUCAUCUGGAUCGACCCUGACAACUUCCCCCUGCUGGUUCCAUACUGGGAGAAGACUUUCCGUAUCGACCUCUCCUCUCCUCAGAUUGGUGUGGUGGACGUUGAAGAUGCCGACAGUGUGUGGAUGGAAAUGGACGACCACGAUGACAUGCCCACAGCUGAUGAGCUGGAGCAGUGGAUCGAGGACGUUCUGUCUGGAAAGAUCGACCCAGACAAUGACGAUGAUGAUGAGGACGAUGAUGAUGAUGACGAUGAUGAUGAUGAUGAUGAUGAUGAUGAUGAUGAUGAUGACGAUGAUGAUGAUGAUGAUGAUGAUGAUGAUGACGAUGAUGAUGAUGACGAUGAUGAUGACGAUGAUGAUGACGAUGAUGAUGACGACGACGAUGAUGACGACGAUGAUGACGAUGAUGACGACGAUGAUGAAUAAAUGUUUACUACCAUCUUUCCCUUCACUAUGAUUUAGCCAGUAAUGGCAAAACCCCAAAGUAGUACCAGUUUUUACUAACAUCCUGCAGCAAACACACUGUGUCUGUUUGCUUCCUGUCUGGUUUCCUACAAGGGACAAAUAUAAUGGCCCUAUGGGAAACUUUCACUGUCAAUCAGGGAAUGAGAUUUUCAGAGAAGCAGAGGGUUUUGCUCCUCUGUCGAUAAACAGCUCUCACCUCUGCGGUUCAAAAUGAAUGUGAGCCAAGAGGCUAAAAGAGGCUAACUUACCCUGACAUUUUCUACCUAAUGUCACAGACCAGGGUUACCCCCUUUCUCAUUUUCUCCAACUUACUGUAAUCCUGUUUCAAUGACAUGUUUUCUACUUGAUGAAGAGAAGAAACAAACACAUUCUUGUACUAUUUUUAAAAUCAAUAAACCUAAACUCACUGGACAGUCUUAAAAUUAUUGCAAUCUUGGAAAACUAUCAAAAUAUACAAUAAUAAAAUUACAAUACAAUUUGU